GAAGCGCAACAACAGCCUUUCCCUGACUCCCUCCUCACCCCACCCCACCCCCAGACCGCAUCGCACCUCUGUCCCGUCACACUGGGCUACUUUCACAUCAUUUCCCUAAAAGAGGAUAAAGAGGAGAUUAUCGGUGUGACACAGAAGCCUUGAUUGAGGGGGGUUUCAAGUUGGAUGUUUCCUCUGUGUUGGUACGGCUCAAUAAGUAAGUUUCCUGCCUCACCCGCUGCGCGAAAAGAGGAGGAGCGGAACUUUCAGGAGGACCGGAGUAGCCGAGGGUGGCACAGCGCGCUGGGUUUUUUCUUUCUUUCUUUACCCCAGGAGGUCAUAUCUGCCACCGUCUCCCUCUUCUCUCUCCUCUCUCUCUAACCCGGCUGCGGAGGUGGAUGGUAUGGUGUAACUUUUCCGCUCCAGUCGAACACCGGGCGGCCGGCGUGAGAGAGGAGCCGUUUUGUGGCACCGGAGAGGGGAUGCGAGCCUCUCCUCCGUCUCGGAUAGCGGAGCGGCUAUGAGGAGAGAGGUCUACCUGCUGGGCUAACGGAACAAGACCACACCGCACCAACAGAAUGCGGGAACGGGGUCCUUGCAUUUGUGGAGUAGGUGUGUGGAGUCUACUGCUGUCCCUCUGUCUGGCCUCCCUCACACACGCAUACAGGAGCCACACAGUGCAUGUGAAGGCAGGGACGUGUGAGGUGAUCGCUGCCCAUCGCUGCUGCAACAAGAACAAGAUUGAGGAGAGAUCUCAGACUGUCAAAUGUUCCUGCUUCCCUGGACAGGUUGCUGGCACCACUCGGGCCAUGCCCUCCUGUGUUGAUGCCUCCAUUGUAGCCCAAAAGUGGUGGUGUCAGAUGCAGCCAUGUAUGGAUGGUGAGGAGUGUAAGGUUCUCCCAGACCUCACAGGAUGGAGCUGCAGCACAGGCAACAAAGUCAAGACCACAAAGGUGACCCGAUAGUCCUGCCCAUCUCAAAAAAGGGAGCAAGAAAAUGGUGGUGGAGGUACUUACACAGCACAAUGGACCUGUCAGUGGAGAAGAAAUGCACUCAGAUGGACUUCAAUGAGGAACCUGUAAUUGUUUUCAUUUUUCUGAGGAUAUCCAAGAAAUGGCGGCUGAAGAGACAGGACUCUAACACUGCCUGCCAUCACCUUUAACACAACUGAGUGUCCUUGGUCCUUUAAUGCAGAGGACUGCAUCGCCCACAAUCCUUUACUGCUACUACAAACUUCAACAAAGUGAACUAUAUGACCUAAACAGCACUGGAUUAGAUGACAAAAAAACAACUUUCUUUACAACAAUCUGUAUUCUUCAUCUCUGUUCUAUGGCUUUGUUGUGUUCCAUAUGCAUACUGGGAAUAAAGGGAUCUGGAUUUUAGACAGCUAUCCUGUUAUUACAAACAUCACUAGAAAAAAAAGGGAGUGGAUCCAGAAUGGCUGCCUCAUGUAGUCUGGAUGACACAUUUAAAUUUAACUGUGCCACAUAUGACACACUUGAUGCUGUCAAAAAGAUCUGAAACCAAACCUUUUCUUUUCUUUUUUUUUUUUUCAGAUUUCACCUCCAUAAUAAUAUUUUACCUUGAAUAGAUUGUGGCUUACCACAUGCCAUUUUUUAAAAUGGGGAGACCGUUUGUCAGUCUUCUUUUUUUCUUUUGUUUUUUGACAAAGGGAAAAAAAAUCCUUUCAGGGGUGAGGUUAGACUAAUACCAAGUAGAUGUUACGGUAUAUUGAAACAUGUAAACGUGUAAAAAAUGGUCCAUGGAAUCAGUGGGGCUAAAAAUAAAUUGAUGCUCUAAUGGUUUUAAUAUCUGUGUUUUUAAACGCCUGUUAACCGCUAUUGAGUACAUGUGUCAGUAUUAUAUGAAAUGAAUAAAACCUUUCAAAAGAAAA